AAAAAAAAGAUAUUUAUCCGUAUGGCGCCAAGAGGUUUGUGUGGUUUUCGAUUUCAUCCAAAUUUCUGAAUUUCGUCUCUAACAUCCACAAAAUCGAAUGCGUUGUGUGAAUCGCGUUGAUUGUUCUUGGUCACGGCCAAGCGAAGCUUACCGUAUCUUACCCUCCGGUGGUCACCUUUCAUCUGGAUUCCAUCAAUGUCCUUUAUCGUCUCUAUCUUUCCGUUCCUCUUUCGUGUGUUGCUCCUCCUCCACAUCUGGACCGUCCGAUUCAAAUCCCGAAUCAUCUUCAAAUCGCUCUUACAGCCGUAGAUGGCAGAAUCCUCUUCCCCGGCGUCAACAUCCCGAUCAAAUACCGUCUUCUCAGAUUGCUCGUGAUUGGAUCGAUUCAGAUACAACUCCAGUUUCUCAAGCUUUAGAGAGAUUCACUGUAGUGUCGUACAACAUAUUGGGAGAUGGAAAUUCAUCAUAUCACAGAGAGUUGUACUCCAAUGUGUCUGUUCCUUACCUCAAGUGGGGCUACCGCAAAAGGUUGAUAUGCGAAGAACUCAUUCGUCUCAAUCCAGACAUAAUCUCUAUGCAGGAAGUAGAUAAAUAUUUUGAUCUAUUCAGUAUGAUGGAGAAAGCUGGAUAUGCUGGCUCCUAUAAGCGGCGAACUGGAGAUAACGUCGAUGGUUGCGCAAUGUUUUGGAAGGCUGACAGGUUUGGAGUUUUGGAGAGGGAAAACAUUGAGUUUAGCCAGUUUGGUAUGCGGGAUAAUGUUGCACAGCUUGCUGUUCUUGAGCUCCGGAAGUCUAAUAAGUCAAGAAAGAUACUGCUGGGUAACAUUCACGUGCUUUAUAAUCCAAAUCAAGGAGAUGUGAAGCUGGGUCAGGUCCGUUCACUCUGCUCAAAGGCUCACUUGCUCUCUAAGAAAUGGGGUGACAUUCCCAUUGUUCUAUGCGGAGAUUUCAAUAGCACUCCCAAGAGUCCAUUGUACAACUUCUUGGCGUCCUCUGAGCUGAAUGUCAUGGAACAUGACAAAAAAGAGCUGUCCGGCCAGAAAAAUUGUCGUCCUACCAAAGUUCUUGAAACUGGUAGCAAAUCCAGUAAUACAAUAACUUUCAGCUCUUGGACAAAAGAAGAGAUCCGUGUCGCAACCGGGCAAGAGAACUCGUACUGGGCUGCGCAUCCUCUGAAACUCAAUAGCUCAUACGCCUCAGUUAAGGGCUCAGCAAAUACCAGGGACUCUGUUGGUGAACCUCUAGCAACCUCAUAUCACUCGAAAUUUCUCGGAACGGUUGAUUAUCUCUGGUACUCUGAUGGUCUUUUACCUGCAAGAGUUCUUGACACACUUCCUAUUGAUGUUCUAUGCAAAACCAAAGGCCUUCCUUGUCAAGAAUUGGGAAGCGAUCACUUGGCUCUUGUUUCUGAAUUUGUCUUUGAACCGGACGGUUAAAGGCAUCUAGUGCCAGCUUAGUUUUCUUUGAACCGAACCGUUAUAAAUGUGUUUUUAUUAAAUGUAUAAGCGUACCGAAAUUACCUGAUCAUGGUUCUAUAUCAAACCGACUUCUCGAUAAAUAAAUAAAAAUUGAGACGAUCAGAAGCUUCAAUCUUGUGUGCGU